ACUCCGCUGCAGGGACAGAUUGAGGACGUCUCUUUAACCAACCGCUUAAUAUUCACUUCUACACUACUCUUUCUGGAUUACAUACAUCUCCAUUGAGGAGCCAAUAACACCAUCCAACACAGAGAAAUCAUUGAGGAUACAGGUCAGCAUGAUGGAGCAGGACGUCCCGCAGGAGAGGAGCACAGAACUGGGGGAUGAGAUGUCGGAAGAGAGGUUCCUCAAAGACCUCUACCUCUUUAUGAAAGACAGAGGAACUCCUAUUGAGAGAAUACCUCAUCUAGGCUUCAAACAGAUCGAUAUGUUCCUAAUGUACAAAACUGUGAAGGAGCUGGGAGGCUAUCAGCAGGUUACUACACAGCAGCUAUGGAAAAAAGUUUACAACAUACUUGGAGGAAACCCACGCAGCACCAGCGCAGCCACAUGUACACGCAGACACUAUGAAAAGCUUCUUCUUCCUUACGAGUGUCACCAAACUGGAUACAGGGAUGAUUUAGUCUUCAGGAGUCCUCGACCCCAAAAGCGCUUCCAUCCGAGCAGUUACCAUGACUUUGAGCAGGAGUACCCCAGAAAUGACAAACGGCCAGAUUUCCGACACCUCCCGGUAUUUCCUCAGACCUCUCCGAGUAUGUUCACGGAGCAGAGACCAAUUUUUAGCAUGCCUAGUCCAUUCUUUCCACACGGGAGCACACCUAUGUCCAAUUACAUCGCUCUUCGGGAAUCCACCCUGCCCCAUUUGAGCCUCAACCCUUCUCAUGAUCUUCCCAGAACGCCUGCUUCAUAUAUGAGUGUACCAUCUAUGGAUGCUCAGAUUUGCAAACGGUCCAUAAAAACACUACGUGACCUAGCUAAUGAGUACAGGUCAACAGCUGGUUUGGAGGAACCUCUCAACCUUAGCCGGACAGAAAACAGACUUGAAACAUUGAGCGACACACCUUCAUCUUUCAGCCCUUGUUCCAAAAAGCCCAAGUUCCUCAACAAAGCGUCUUCUCUUUACCCUCAAAGGAGUUUAAGUACAGAAGACGGUGCAGAACAAGAAGAACCAGCUGAUGAGACAUCAACUGGAGAAGGGUCCGUAAGAUCUGGACCGAGUCCACCGAAGCCUGAUGUCAUUGACCUCACCUCAUCUUCCAAUGCAAAUCCAGUCCCAAGGAGACCAAGUCCUCCCUCGGUCAAUCUCUUCAACCGCAGACCACACUACUCAGAGGCAGUCACUAUGAAGUCCCGGGAACGAGACUUACAUAAAGACUGGGUGAAGGAAGAGUCUUCUGGUGCACCCGCACCCAAGUUGGUGCACCGAAGCAAUCCCCUUGGACUCCCAAUCCCGGAAUCCAACAGCAAUAUGGAGAUACAGAUUCCUCUAAAGCUUCUUCAUGAGCUCAUAAGGAGAGGAAUGAUUUCCAACCCGGGAUUGACAGCAAAUGGCUCUGCGUUUCAAGACCCAACCAAAGCCGAGGCACAACCCGAGCACAAGUUCCAUGUGCGAUCACGUUCAGAGAGCUCAGAGAGUUCAUCCACAGCUGAGGAGCCAGCCAAUUUGAGUCUGAAGAGUGCUUUUAGAAACCCGACAGAUCCCAUCUCUCAAGAUAAUGCCAUGAAGAAGCUCAGACUCUUUGGUGGCAAUGGGGUUCCGACAGAUUCAAAGCCCCAGAUGUUCAGUUCUUAUCAGGUAAACCACUCUCUUAAAGUUACGUUAGAAAGGGAUGCACCAAGACCCUCUCAACCCAAACUGGUGCAAGUUCCUGUGAUAAAGAACCAAGAAAGCAUGAAUCACAGACUCCACAGUUACAGUGAAGAAUCUCCACUCUCUUUGACCAUGAAGCUCGGAAGGAAACCAGAGGUGAAGGCAACAUCUAACACUGAGGCGAAGGAAAUACCUUCUUCCCCACUUCUGCUACCAGACCACCUCAAAUUCCUUCUGGCUAACCUGCCCUAUAGACUGGAAAGAGGGCAGACGUUUUGAGAACUUGCACUUGUGAUCAUCGGUCAAUGUCAUAAUCUUGCCAAAUAACUCAAUACAAAUCAGUGAAUAAGCUGAAAAGAGCAAUGCUGAGGAUACACAUGAUGGACGCAUGUCAGUGAAUGGAACAUUUGUUUAUAAUGUACAUAUCCAUCGAAAGGGUCAGCUCAGGGAAGAAGUGGAACUUUGCUUGUCAAGUCAUCUUUAUUUUUACAAUGUUGAUUGCAUCAAUGCAGCUUUACACAGAUGAA